CGGCCGAACUGACCGACGGUCGCCUCGAGUUCACUCAUCUGCCGCCCGCGGAGCCCAUUACUGAUACGAUCGGCGGGUUUGAUUCCUUCGCAGAUUUAGAUGUUAAGGAUACAUUUGUACAUAGAGAUCUCGAUUACAGUGAGCGAAUGGAGAGUGAGAGAAUGAACGAUAGAGCCCCGGCACCGGACAGAGAGUGAUGAGGUGCCGAGUUCACUGCCAAAACCGAAACGGCCAUCGGAUGAUAUUCAACCGUCGGCUCGACCUAGAGUUAAGAAAUCUCCCACCACAAAAACGCAUAGUGAUAGAGCAGCUAGUGAUAUAGAUAAAUUAUGUGUGAAUGAUAAAGAUUUUAUGAAUAUACACAAUGAUGAUAUGUCUUCUAAACUCCGAGCAGCGGAGAAAGAAAUUAAACCUCAGAAAGGAAUAAAAGUGUCUAAAGGAAUUGAAAAGCAGAAUCAACAGGGUAUUUCAAAAAACGAUAAAGAUAUAACCCAGUCGCCAGAACCUAAUGUGAGAGAGACCACCACGAAGUAUGAAAAACAUUCAGAAACGAUUAGAACAGAAGAUCAAGCUUGGGAUAUGCUUUUAAACGAUACACAACAAACUUCUAAGAAAGACGUAAAUCUUGUUACCGCAAACAAAGUUGAGAUAAAAGAUGACGUGAAAGCAAAAACUAAGAAAAGUCGUAAAUCUAAAAAAUCUAUUGAAGAUCAACAAGCCAAGGACGACGAAGACAGCUUUAUAGAAAUACAUAAUAUAGAAGAGAAGCAAACGACCAGCGGAGAUCUAGUUUCUAUAUCAAUGCCUUUUGAGGACAUUGAAUCUUCUUACUUGCCGAAAUCUAAGAGACGUUCAAAGAGCCGCACACCCGAGAGAAAAGAUGUCGCCGAAAAUAAACAAGAAAAUAUCAACGAACAAGAUUUUGAUAUUCCAAACAUUAGUAAGAAAAAUAAUAAAAUGAAUGAAAUAUUGACUACAGAAUCUAAAACACAGCCGAUUUCUUUGUCUACUACAAAAGAUAUAGAUAGUAAACAGAAAGAAUUAUUAAAUGUUGAUGCUAAAACUGGUAACGAACCUAAGGCUGGCAAAUCACUAUCGACCAAAGAAUCACCAAAAUUAACAAAGCGAAAGUCCCCGUCACCGAAAGUUGAUAGAAAAGAAGAAAACAAAACUGACGAUAAAGAAGUUUAUGUCAUCGAAACAACAGAAGAUGACUUUCCUGAAAUACAAAUAACGAAGGGGAAUAAAUCGAAUAAGAGGUCUUUUCAACUCUAUGAGAAGAAGAAAGAAGAAGCAGCGAAACCGGCUAAAUCUUGGAGUUCCGUAGCUGCUUCUAAAAAUAAAAAGGUCGACGAAGUCAAAGUUGUUACGGAAAAUAUUGAAGAACAAGAAACGGAAGACGAGGAAAUGAAAUCACCAGUAUCGCUUCAAGAAAAGUUAUUUGAAUUGUGCAAAAGAAGAGACAUAAUGGUAGCUGAGUGCGAUGCUCCAUCAGAACUUAAUUUUGUCGAGGAACAUCAUGCUGUGGUAGACCUCCCUCCUUUGGAGCAACUAGAUUUCGGUCUAGACAACUUCUCACUGGAGGUCAUGCGGGACAGUCUUCUGGAAGUCAACGAGCCGAAGGUCUCCAGUCCGAUUUGCAAAAUCAACAUCGAUGAAAUCCUGUCUUCCAUCAAAGAAACGACAUCGAAAGCUAUCGAAACCAGUACUUUCAAUCUAAUUGAUGUCGAAAAAGUGCCUGCUAGGAAAGAAAGGGGCUUCAAUAUAGUCGAAAGCGAUAAAAUUACGUCCCAAGAAGUCAAAUUGGAGGAUGAGGUCAAGUUCGAGAAGGACGAACUGGAAAAAUCAUCUGACGAGGAGAUGGCAUCACCAGUUCUGUCGACUGACAGCGAUAAAGAAGAAAAAAAAUCAAGCGAAAACAGUAACGCGACCCCGACAGCGAAGCAAUCUAAGUCUAAAAAGUCACGUAGGAAGAAGAAAUUAUAGUGUGUUUCUAUAGUUGAGCUUCGAACUUAGGCUUAGCUUGUGGGUUUUAUUAAGCAAUUUAAUAUACGGUGUGCAAUGCUGUUAGUUCUCGCUUGCACCAAGGAUUAGAAGUAUCACGUUAAUCAUAAUGAAUGAGAAAAAUUUACAUAAAAAAUUAAAAAAAAUACAAAGAAAAUAUAUAAAAAAACAGAUUUCCCUAGAUUUUUUGUUGGGAUAACUUUGAAUGACGUUCUCAUGUGAUAAUCUUAUGUAACGCUAGAAGUACCAUAAUGAUAAUAUUGAUAAGGAUCUAGAAAAUAUUAGGUAGGAAAUUUUAUUGAAAUCUUUAUCGCAGCAAAAAAUUUAGUUUGCAAUUAUUUAUUACAGCCCUCUUAGUACUUAUUUCGCUUAAAUUAUUUCCAAAUAUGUUUUAAUUUUUUUUUCUUGGUGCACUUUUCGGCCAGUAAAGUAAAUGUUACCUAAUCUGUGUUAUUUUUUUUUUUAUUAUAUAAUAAAAAUAUAUAUAUAAGAAUCUCUUAUAAACAAUAUUCUCUGUACAUUGUAUGUAUAUUAUUUUAAUCUCUAAACUUAUUUAUUUGUAAGAUGCGCAGGCGCAUUCAAUUACAUGGAAACUGUUUAUUUAAUAGCAUAUUGUAAAUAUAUAGCAGCUCUUAUAUCUAAAAUACCUCAGUUUUAGUUGUCGUGAUACAUGACUUAGUCACCUAGUCAGUUCUGGGUAUCAAAUGCCACCUCAGCUGUCUUUACGUACAAAUAUUAAUAUAGCCUCUACUAAGAGAUUUCAUAGUCGAACUCAAAACAGACAGUUUAACUCUCUCAUACAUACACAUGAAUUGAUAUUAUUAUGUUUAAGGAUUUUAAUAUGGAAAAAGAUAUCGGAUUGUUUUUAGUAUGAACAUGGAAAAUCUUGGUAAGGGGUAAAGAUUACUAUCGAGUAUUAUUUACUGUGUUUUUUUAUAUGUUAAAUCAUGACAUAUUUUUUUUUUAAUAUAUAUAUUUCAUUUUGCUGGCUCACAA